AUGUCGACAGAAGAAGCCCCCAAAACGUCAAAGACGUACGAUGCGAGCUGCCACUGCGGCAACAUAAAGUUCUCUCUCACGCUCUCGCCGCCGCUGGAGGAAGGAUAUAAGGUCCUCAACUGCAACUGCUCCAUCUGCCGGCGCAGCGGGUACCUGCUCAUCUACCCCAAAAAACAAGACGUCACAUGGCACGACGGCUCUCGCGAGCGGUGCACCAACUACCGCUUCAAUACCAAGACCAAGGACCAGAUGUUCUGCGGCGCCUGCGGAUCGAGUUUGGGAAUCGACUUUUUGAAGGAGGAUUACUACGGGAUAAGCGCACGUGCCCUCGACGGAAUCGAUCUCGAUGCUCUUACAUAUAAGAAAUUGGACGGCCUGAACAAAGUCUCACCGGCUCAGGACCUGUCCGGGUCGGGAGAUAAGGAGGCGAGCACUUGA